AUGGCGUCAAUCGUUCUUGCGUCACUCAACACAGUUGGGCUUAUCUUUGGAGGAUGUUGCUCGAAUGUUUUCACAUUGGAGAAGAUAAUCAAGACUGAAGCCGACAGUGGACUUCUGAUCACUCUCUCCCAAUUCAUCUUCACCGCACUAGCAGCCUCCUUCUCUCAGAUUACACCGACCCUAACGCUGAGGUCCCCUUCCGUACCCAUGCGCAAAUGGGCCUACAUUGCUCUCAUGUUCUUUGCCGUCAACAUGCUCAAUAAUUGGGCUUUCGCCUUCAACAUCUCCGUCCCGGUGCAUAUUAUCUUACGCUCCUUUGGCUCUGUGACGACUAUGUUGGCAGGUGCAUUGCAAGGCAAACGAUAUACAUGGCUGCAAGUUGAAAGUGUGGUCAUCCUGACUCUGGGAGUAUUGGUGUCUGCGUUUGCGGAUGCUGAUAGCAAGGGCAAAUCAGUAGAAGCAAGCAGCACAGACCUAAGCUCCGGCCUGCUGAUCCUUCUCGCCGCACAAAUCCUUUCUGCAUACAUGGGCGUCUACGUCCAAGACACCUACGCAACUCACGGCUCCCACUGGCGCGAAAACCUCUUCUACAGCCACUUUUUGUCCCUCCCUUUGUUCCUUCCUCUGGCUGGCACUCUACAACGCCAAUACGCUGCUCUCUCGACAACCCCUCCCCUUUCCAUCCCCAACAGCUUGCCCGUCCUGCAAAGCGCCAACCUACCCAGCGGAAUCCUCUACCUGCUGCUAAACUCUUUAACCCAAUUAGCGUGUAUAACAGGCGUAAACCUGCUUUCCGCACAAGCAAGUGCAGUCACUGUUACUAUUGUGCUGAAUGUGCGCAAACUCGUCAGCUUUGUGGCGAGUACGGUUUUGUUUGGACAUUCUUUGAGUGGGAUGAUGUGUCUGGGUGCGGGGUUGGUAUUUGGGGCUGGUGCGUUGUAUGGGUGGGAAACUAGUUAUCGGAUCCCUCAGCAGAAGAAGCAAACCGCAAAGGGGAAGGAGGACGGGAAGGCGCAGUGA